AUGGGUCUCCCAAUCAAACUAGGCGUCCCCAAAGUCCCAGAAGACGAAUCUUCAGAAACACAACCAGCUCAGUCUACUCUCACCAACCAACAGAGUCCGAGCCAGCAGCAGCAGCACACGGGCCAAGCUACCGGCGCCGGCGCAAACACGGGAGCCGGCACGACCCGCCCCAAGACGGAAGCCGAGCUUGAGGCUGACCGGCUCUACGAGGAGGCCAUGGAAGAGGAGUACGCCAAGAGAGACGGCGGCUCAUAA